AUGUCCGAAUCUCGGGGAUACCGGCCCAUCGAAGACUAUGGAAUCAUUGGUGAUAUGCACACGGCUGCCCUAGUGAGCAAAGAUGGGAGCUUGGACUUUCUGUGCUGGCCUGUAUUUGACUCCCCGUCUGUCUUCUGCCGGCUGCUCGACAAGGACAAAGGCGGCCAUUUCAGUAUCAUGGCAGAACAUGGCCAAGAUGCGCCCAUUAGCAAGCAGAGAUAUUUGCCCUAUACCAAUAUCUUGGAAACUAGAUGGAUCCACGAAGAAGGAGUUGUCAAUCUGUUUGACUUCUUCCCCGUCUCCAACACCAAGCCGCCGGGUUCGGACCGACAUUUAUCUGGAUAUUGCGCCUGCACCGAACCAGGCGGAAAUCGCUGGAAGACUGGCGCUAGGCACUCCGGGGUCAUACGUCGAUUGGAAUGCGGUCGCGGUGCGAUGACAAUGAAGAUGGAACUUUUUCCAUCUUUCAAUUAUGCUCGAGACGGCCACACUGUUCGCUGCAACCUGUCCAACGAGACUACGCAGAACAAGUUGCAGACCGUAUACUUUGAUAGUUUACAAGAACGUCUGCAGCUAGACAUCUGGGUAGACAGCAGGAAGGAAGGACAGGGUCACCCGAAGACUGUCUUCAAGUUGGAAGACCGACCGGGGUUCCUGGGGUCUGGCCUUGUCGCUGAGAUCUGUAUCGAAGAGGGACAUGAUCUAAUAUUUGUCCUACACAGCCCAGAGAAGGCGAUGCCGGGACCUACUCAGAUCGCGUCGUAUCUUUCUCGUCUCGAAACGGAAACUUUUGAGUUUUGGACAGAUUGGAGCCACAAAUGCACAUUCCGCGGUCACUACAGAGAGACAGUGGAAAGAAGCCUACUCAUUCUCAAAUUAUUGACCUACAAGCCGACGGGGGCUGUCAUUGCGGCGCCGACAUUCUCUCUACCCGAAAGCAUUGGUGGCACGCGCAAUUGGGAUUACCGAUACUCGUGGGUGCGAGAUACGGCUUUUACUCUAUACGCCUUUCUUAAAAACGGUUACGAUGAAGAGGCAGAAGCGUACAUCACGUUUAUAUUUGACCGUGUGUUUCCUCCACUGGUCAACCAAGAGACGAAAGAUGAACAUAAGCCAUUCCUGCCAAUCAUGUUCACCAUAAGAGGAGACUCUGAAGUUCCAGAAUAUGAACUGAAUCAUUUGGAUGGGUACCGCGGUAGCAGGCCAGUACGUAUCGGCAAUGCAGCGGCCUUCCACACACAGUUGGAUAUAUACGGCGAACUGCUGGACAGUAUCUACAUGUACAACAGCAAUGCCAAACCCAUCCAGUACGACCAAUGGCUCGGGAUUCGUCGGAUGGUAAACUACGUCAUAGAAGUGCGCAACCAGCCCGACAUGUCCAUUUGGGAAGUUCGCGGCAAGCCACAGCAUUUCUUAUACUCGAAGAUGCUUCUCUGGGUUGCUCUCGAUCGGGGAGUGCGCCUGGCAGAACGACACUCGACUCUGCCCUGCCCGGACCGACAGGACUGGAUCCGCGUCCGCGACGAACUGUACGACGAAAUUAUGACAAAGGGAUUCAACGCCGAAAAAGGAUUUUUCUGCCAGAGUUAUGAGAACAAAGAAGUCGUUGACGCCGCACUGAUGAUUGCCCCCUUGGUCCUUUUCGUCGAGCCGAAUGAUCGACGUUUCUUGAGCACGCUGCAGAGGGUCCUCGAGCCUCCAGAGAAGAACGGCUUGACUAGUGCUAAUAUGGUUUUCCGAUACGACCAUGAAAAGGCACAUGAUGGUGUCGGCGGGCGAGAAGGCGCCUUUAUCAUGAUCACCUUCUGGGCCAUCGAAUCCAUGUUCCGGGCCCUGAAAUAUACCAAAACGCUACCCAACGGCGACAACCUCCAGCGCAAGGCAAUCGCCUCCUUCGACAACGUGCUCUCCUUUGCCAACCACCUCGGCAUCUUCUCCGAAGAAGUCGCCGUUAGCGGUGAGGCAAUGGGCAAUGUGCCGCAGGCGUUUAGCCAUUUGUCGUGUAUUAGCGCGGCGAUGAAUUUGCCUGAGACUAUUACUCGUCCGUGGAAGUAA